GACGGUUCGGGCCGUUUCUAGAAGCGCGGCGCCCGUUUCUAUUAAUACGCGCACGGCGGCGGCGGCGGCGGCGGCGGCGAAGGGAUUCCCUGUGACGUCAUUGCUAGGAUACCAAACAAACACUCCGAGACAAGCCCAUAUAUGGCUAAUUGCGUCACAGGAACUCCGGCGGGGCGGGGCGAGGGAUGCCCCCCGCUCCCCGCCCUCCUCCUCGGCGCCUCUUAACGGCGGCGGCAGCGGCGGGGCCGCAGAGCGGCGGCGGCACCGGCACCGGCAAGGGGCAGCGACACCGGCACCGGCACCGGCGGGGCUCCGAGGGGGGCUCGGGGGGUCCGCCGUGACGUCAGCAAGGGGGCGGGGCUCCGCCGUAUAAAGCGGCCGCGCGGCGGAGAGGGGUUCAUUCAUAAAGAACGUGCGGAGGACACCGGGGAACCGAACCGGGAACGGGGACUUAGCACCGCCGGACCGGGACCGGCGCCUGGCACGGAUGCAAGGGGGCUCGUAGCAGCGGUACCGGGACUCGGAGCCACCGGAGAGGAGCUUGGGGACGGGUUCCAACGGGACUGAGCGGCGGCGGAGCGGAGCGGAGCCCGGACCGGGAGUACCGGCGGCGAACCGGGACUUUGCAGCAGCGGCACGGAUGCAGCGGGACUUGAGAACGGCAACCGGGACGGCGCCUCGCGGGGUUUAACGGCGGAGCGGGGCUCGUACCGGAGCCCGGAACGGCAGCGGCGGCGGCUGCUCGCCCCGGCGGGGUGCUCGAGCUCCGGGGCGGCGGAACGGGACUCUGCACGGCGGCAGCGCGGACCUUACCGGCCCCUCGACCCGGCGAGGCGGCUCCAGCAGCGGGCCCCGGCGGCGGCGAUGCCGGUGGCUUGACUUUUCCCCCGCUCCGGGCGCAGCCUUGGCGUGGCGGCGCGGCCCCCGCGCCCCCGGGGCCAUGUACCAGGGGUUCCCCGGUGACUACGACUCGGGCUCCCGGUGCAGCUCCUCGCCCUCGGCGGAGUCUCAGUACCUCUCCUCGGUGGACUCCUUCGGUAGCCCGGCGGCGGCGGCGGCCGCGCAGGAGUGCAGCGGCCUGGGGGACAUGCCCGGCUCCUUCGUGCCCACGGUGACGGCCAUCACCACGAGCCAGGACCUGCAGUGGCUGGUGCAGCCCACCCUCAUCUCCUCGGUGGCCCAGUCGCAGCCCCCGGGGGGGCCCAUGGCGCAUCCUCCCCCCCCAACAGCCCCCGUGGACCCUUAUGACCUGCCGGGACCCAGUUACUCCGCACCGGGCAUGGGGGGCUUCCCUUCAGCCCCCCCGGCGCGUCCCGCUCGCGCCCGGCCCCGGCGGAGCCGUGAGGAAACGUUGACCCCGGAGGAGGAGGAGAAGCGCCGCGUGAGGAGGGAGAGGAACAAGCUGGCGGCCGCCAAGUGCCGCAACCGGCGCCGGGAGCUGACGGACCGGCUGCAGGCGGAGACGGACCAGCUGGAGGAGGAGAAAGCCGAGCUGGAGUCGGAGAUCGCCGAGCUGCAGAAGGAGAAGGAGCGCCUGGAAUUCGUCCUGGUGGCCCACGCGCCCGCCUGCAAGCUCCCCUUCGAGGACGCCGCACCCUUGGGUGCCGGCCCCCCCGAGGUGAGCACCCUGGGCAAAGAGGAGCCGCCGGGGCCCGUCGCCUUCCCGUUCCAGCCGGGUCCCCAGGGCCCCUUCCCCAGCUGCUGCUUCGCGCCGGGGGCCCCCCCCCCGGUGCCACCUAACCCCUCCUAUACGUCUUCGUUUGUGUUCACCUACCCAGAGGGAGCCACCUGCGGAGCCUCGCAUCAGCGGAGCAGCAGCAGCGACCAGUCCUCGGACUCCUUGAAUUCUCCCUCGCUCCUGGCGUUGUGAACGGGCCCCCCCCCAAAAAAAAAUCAUAA